GCUAGUGUCAGCUGUGCUGCUCUUUCGGACGUGUGCUACGCAAAACAAAAAUUAUGUUGUGUGGUGAAACGCGUGAAACCUGAACGUUGUAGCUGUGUGAGGUGAGCGCAUGAGGUUUUCGCUUUCACACUUAAGCAGUGGUACCUCUUGACAUCACCAUGGCUGGUUACAGAGGAAGGACAUCGAUAGACAAGCAGCUGCUCAAAAAUGUCAUCAGGCACACAGAAAGCAUGAACAAGGUACAUGAGGAGUCGGAGAUGUGGAGACAGUAUAAGGAGAUGGAGACUAGGAGGAAGGACACAUCACCAUACAGAAGUGGCCAGAUGAGAAGUGACAGAAGAGCUGACACGAAAGUCAAGACUUCUGGGGGAGUCUCUCCAGGCGGCUCCUAUUGGACCAAGAAGUUGUAUGAGGCAGAAGAGGCAGAUCCAGACAGAUGGGGACAUGGUGGCUUUAAGGAGUUGUACCCUGAUGCUUUCAGUAGUUCUUCAAGCGCGGAGGAGUGUGAAGACAGAAGUAGGAGUAAAAGACGCAAAAAGAAGAAGAAAGCAAAGAAGAAAGAUAUAUCAAAGAAAAGGAAACAUUCUGGUGACUCAGAUAGCUCUGAGCAGCGGGAAAAACGGAAAAUAUCGAAGAAGAGGAAAAGAAAGAAAAGCAGCAGUGAUGAUCACAGGAAAAGCAAGCUUAGUCGAUCUACCUCAAACGAUACUCACUCCAGCAAAAAUCAUCAACUGAGUUCAAGUAUUUUUAUACCAGCACCUGCAGAUAAAGACAAGUCUGUCAGACAUCGUCCAAAGCACAAAAAGAAGCUGAAAGGCUAAAAGAGAUCACAGCCGUGUUGAUGCAGACGUAGGACAGGAGAGUCCUUUGGUAGUGGAGAUGUAGUCUCCAAGCAGAUCUUGCAGUGGCAUAAGAUAGUAUCAUAAGCUUGGGAAGGAAUUUAGCCGGCAGCGGAGUUUCAUUCGCCACCUUUCCAAGCUUAUGAUACUAUCUUAUGCCACUGCAAGAUCUGCUUGGAGAUUAGUGGAGAUGGUGAUGCCAAGAUUAGGAACAGAAAGAGUCAGAGUGAUGGCACGUAGCAUCCUGGCGGUCCUGGAGAGUUUCACCAAAACAAGUGUAGAGAAAACGGAGACCCCAUUGUGCCCAUGGGUAAUGGGUACCAUUACAUUGUUCCAGGGCUGAAAAUGAUUUUAUUUUGGCAGAGCAGAGUUUGAUGGGGGGAAAUUGUGACCUUUUCCAUAUAAUUAUAUGCAGUCUUUUUCUGUCAGCUAUCCCCACCAGCCAUUUGUGGGAAUAGCUGACAGAAAAAGAUGGCAUAUCAUAAGGAAAAGGUCAUGAUUUUCCCCAUCAACCUUUCCUUAGGGAAUGAUUAUACAAAUACAUUUUUUCUAUGUAGAAAUAUUUGGUUUCUCAGGGCUCUUUUUAUGACUAAUGAAAUUUUAGGAUUCAAUGCCUUCUUGUGUGUCUAUUGCUACUGCAUGUACUAUUAAAGUAUUUUCAGAACAA